GCCAUCUGCAAGCCGCUGCGCUACGGCGUCCUGAUGAGCCGUAGAGUCUGCCUGCUCCUGGCUGCGGGGACCUGGCUAGGGGGCGCCCUGCACUCGCUGCUAGAAACCGCGCUCACCUUCCGGCUGCCCUAUGGCCUGGACACCCAGGUAGGCUACAUCUUCUGCGACAUCCCGGCUGUGCUGAAGCUGGCCUGCGGGGACACGUCACUCAAUGAGCUGGUGACAUUAGUAGAUGUGGGAUUCGUGGCCAUGACCUGCUUUCUGCUGAUCCUGACGUCCUACGUCUACAUCGUCUCAGCCAUCCUGAGGAUCCGCUCUGCCGAGGGUAGGUGCCGGGCCUUCUCCACCUGUGCGGCUCACCUCACCGUGGUGGUCACCUACUACGUGCCCCUGGUCUUCAUCUACCUGCGGCCGGGUUCCCAGGACCCCGUGGACAGGGUGGUGGCUGUUUUCUACACCACAGUGACCCCGUUCCUCAACCCCCUCAUCUACACACUGAGGAACAAAGAGAUGAAAGCUGCCCUGAUGAGACUGGGGGGCAGGAGACUGCCUGGGUUGGAAGAAUGA